AUGGUAUCUUCCCCCCGUUUUCCGCAUAGCCGCUGCUCCGUCAUAUCUGGCAUCUUCUCAGACUCCAAGGAGUCGACCAACGAUGACUACGACUUCGGGCGUGGGUCGCCGUCGUCUGGUCGAUCCCAGUCUUCUGUGAACUGCACGCCUUACCUCAUCCCCCCUUCCUCGUGCACAGUGGACAGGAGUGGUCCACAGACUAGGAGCGAAACAGACAGCUGCGAGAAGCUCUUCUUUUCCCCCGGUGAGAUCGGCUCCUUCCCCGUGACCGAUGAGUUACCUGACAAAGCAAUGGAUGACGAGGGUGCUGACAUGGAAUUUUCCACGCCCACCGUGAUGAUGAAGGCGGAACGUGGCGAGGAAGGAGAUCAGCUCUACGGCAAUACUGAUGGGGUUAAUGAGGAAAAGCUGGAUUCCGCGACGGAUAACGACGUGGUUACCCGGACUCCCGUGCUCACCCGUCAGUCAUCGGCAAAAAUGCGCAACGCCAAGGCCGAGGACACGUCCGAGGUCGACCAACCAAUGGGCAUCUCAUCCUUCGUCAAGGCGGCCCUUUACGGCCAGCGAGGGGAGAAAUUCCGGCUCUUCUGGCUGCCGAACUACGAGGUGAGCAGCCUCAUGCGUGUGCCGAGCAUCGCACAACUCUCCGACACGCGGCGCGACUCUGCCGAGAGGUUGUACAUGGUGUACACCGCCGGUGGCAUGGACAUUCUGCAGGACGUCAGUGAUAUCGCAGGGGUGGAGAGGCGUCCGUUCGAGACCCCAUUUGUCGUCCUGUACUCCUACAGCUUCAAAAGCAUGUACUUUAAGGUUGUGGGCAAAAUGGUAGAGUCCUGCAGUACAGUGACAUUCGAAAACGACGGUGACAGCACUAAGAUCGUAAAUGAAGAAGAUGAUGACGAUGAAGUAGAGGUGACUUCGCGCAGUAAGUCAAAAGGCGCGGCCCCCACAGCGGGUUACGCGUUUUAUCGCAGCUGCCUGUACGGCCUUGAUGACCGCAAGAAACCAAUGCGCAUCAAGGUAUCGGUACGCAGCAUCAAGGAUUCGGAGUUAGAUUUGCGUGCCGCCUCCGCGAGCAAUGAGGAAGCCUCUCAUUAUAGGGCGGCAUUGAACUCCCGGGUCGCUGAAAAUGACUCUGAAUCGAAGAACAGUUUGCAAAGCGCACUCUUGGAGAGCUUGUCGCGGAACGAUAUGCGAUCAAGCAAGGACCUCGCCUCCUCUCGCUCGCUUGACUCUAUCCAAUUCGAUGGCGGGGUGCCGUCAAGCGCCGAAGGCAGCAACAAACAAGUUGUGAAGGGAAAGCGCCGCGGUACGUGGGUGUACGCGACUACGAUCGACCACGAUGAGGGAGGCGACGAAAUGGUGCAUGGGCUGCCAGCCGUCCUGCUCGCGGAGCUCAGGUGGCUGUUGCGAUUGGAGGACACCUCAACGUUGUCCCAGUGCAACGUGUCCAUGGUGAAUCCGCGCAUCGAGGCGAUGAUAAAGCAAAACUUCGAGCUUUACGACCGCGACGAGCAACAACUCACCUCGAACGUUAAGCGCGAUCUCGUAGAGGUGACCACCAAGGAGCCAGACAGCCUCGCGAUGUACAACAUUGGAGAUCACGUGGUUUCUGAGGGCGACAUUCUAACUGUGAGGUUUCGCACCUUAUAUCGGGGGUACAGCGAAGAGGACACGAUGAAGGUCUAUUCGAAGAAGGCCAUAGAGCUCUUUUUCGAGACAUUGUCGUCGCUUAACCUGGACGGGGUGACAGACCUGACGAUGGACAUCGCGCAGUUCUGCCCCAAUGUCUUCUGGAACCUCGCGUUGACUGGUGACUUUGAGGGCUCCCUGAAACGCAUGGUUCCGAACAUGGUUGGGAACACACGCAAACGCAGGCGUAAUGCAGCGAAGGCCGAUUCGCCGGUUAUCACCUCAAACAGAAUCCUUCCGGUCGCGAAGUCGAAUUAUUCCCCGGUGUUUGACAACAACUUCGUCAUAAUGCAGAAUUUGUUAGAGAGGGACGCGCAGAAAAAGAUUGCCCAUCUCGACAAGAUACGCGAGCAGCAGCGCGACCUCAACGGGAUGCUGCUGCGCAACACAGUCAGCAAGUACCUCGACGCCGAUGAGCUCAUAUCCACGGUCAUGGACGCCGACGGGUUCAUGCUGAAGAGCAUGCAGGGGCUCACCGCUGCGCAGCGAAACGUGGUGUACAAGACGUACCUCAAGCGCGGACUCUUCGCCCCCGUGCGCCUGGACUAUAUCCCAGCCAAGGGCCGCGCGGUGUUCGCGGCGUACGACAUCACGAAAGGCGACUUCGUGGUGGAGUACAAGGGCCAGAUCAUAACGGAGAAGGUGGCGAAGAUCAGGGACCAGAAAUACGACAAGUCGCGAUCAUACAAGGGGUCGUUCGUGUUUUACUUCCGCAUUCACACGAAGCGCUACUGCAUCGACGCCACGGAAGAGGACAUCACGUUCGGACCGGCGAGGCUGAUCAACCACUCCCGCAGGAACCCGAACGUGGUGCCCAAGGCGCUGGAGAUCGACGGAUGCCCGCGCUUGUUCUUCGUGGCGAAACGCGACAUCAAAAGCGGUGAGGAACUCCUGAUCGACUACGGGGAACGGGACCCGUCCGUCAUUAAGGACAACCCGUGGCUAAUGGACUAA